AUGGCAGCUGAUCUGGAACUGUUGAACUUGUUUAUAAUUGCGGGGGCAACUCUGGCUAUUCCCAUCCUAGCCUUUGUUGCUUCCUUCCUCCUCUGGCCCUCUGCACUCAUCAAAGUGUAUUACUGGUACUGGAGGAGGACUCUGGGUCUGCAGGUUCGCUUCGCCGACUGCGGAGGGUAUCGGUUCUGUUACUCCUACAGAGGGAAACCCGGGAUGAGACCCUCCAUCUUAAUGCUGCACGGCUUCUCUGCUCACAAAGACACCUGGCUCACUGUUGUCAAGUAUUUACCAAAACAUCUUCACAUUGUGUGUGUGGACAUGCCUGGUCAUGAGGGAACAACCCGCACCAAUGCAGAGGAUUACUGCAUUCAGGGGCAGGUCAGACGGAUCCAUCAGUUCGUGGAAACCGUUCGCCUGAACAGGAAACCUUUCCACGUAGUCGGGACAUCCAUGGGAGGAAAUGUAGCUGGAGUUUAUGCAGCCUGUUACCCCUCAGAGGUCUGCAGCCUGACUCUCAUCUGUCCAGACGGUAUACGACAUCCUUGCGAGACCAAAUUUGACAAUCAUCUGCAGGAUUUGGAGCACAGCAAUUACACACUAAACAUCCCGCUGAUCCCCACUACGCCCGAGGAGAUGGAGGACAUGUUCAGACUCUGUUCUCAUGUUCGCUUUAAGAUCCCUCAGCAGAUUCUUCAAGGUCUUGUAGAUGUUCGGCAGCCUCACAACACAUUUUACGAAGAAGUAUUUAUGGAGAUUGUUGGUGAGACAUCGAGAUACGCCUUACAGGAGCACUUACAUCUGAUCACGGCCCCUUUGCAAGUGAUAUGGGGCAAAAAAGACCAGGUGGUGGACGUCUCUGGAGCUGCAGUCAUUGCAGAGGUGUUGCCUGGAUGCAGAGUGGACCUGCUGGAGAACUGUGGACACUCUGUGGCGAUGGAGAAGCCUUGUCGGACGGCCAAACUCAUCCUGGAGUUCAUCAUCUUGCAGCAAGAGGCCAGGGGUGGCACAAAGAAAUCCUCCUAA